CUCGAGCGAGACUCGGAAGGAAACACAAAGUUGCCGAGCGCGGGGCGCGAGCGUUGUUCCCCGCUAGACACGUGUUCGCUCACUACAAACGUGGAAUGAAUUGUUUUCUUUUCCCCCCUCCAGCAUCGUCACGCAUCAAACUUGAGCUUUUUCAACGUGACAGCCAACAAUUUGACGUCGGAGUUUGCUCGUCGAGUUACUUUCGUCAGUCGAGUCAACUUCAGUUUGUCUGCAGUUUUCUAUUGUGUGACAAGAAUUGUGAGCCCGGACCAGAUGACUUGAACUCAUGGGUGAACUUCUUCUUCUACAGAGGAAGAAGACGAAGACAAGAGAAUUGUUCUCCUUGUUUGGCUGAUCAAUGGAGGCAGCGUUGGGCUCAUGUGGCUCGCCGCCGUCGUUUCCCGUCGGCCGCCGCUCGCCGGUGCCCAGCCUCGGUGAUGUCCCUACGCCCGAGAUGAAGAGGAAGAAGAAAAAAAGUACACAAGAGGACCACGGCCUUCUUCCGGCUCGCAAAGGCACAAAGAAGAGGAACGAGACGGCAGAAGGAAGAGACCAAGAGGACGGGAUUCCUGCCGCCCAAAAGCCGAGGAAGAAAAAGCGAGACAAACGAGACCCGGUCGCUGCGGUUGUGCAGAAGGCCGAAGAAGAACGAGAGGACCAAAAAGAUGACGACGGCGUCCUUCCCGCCGAGGCGCUCGCCCGCAAAGCCAAGAAACGAAGAAAGGAGAAAAUCCCAGAAGCGGACAAAGACGACGACCGUGUUCCUCCUGCCGACGUGCGCAAAAAGAAGCGCAAGAGAGCAGAAGAAAGCCUCCUAGUCGCUGACGGCGAGACGGAGGAGAGCGUUGCCGUGGCCGCCGACGGACACCAGCUUGACCGAGCUGACUGCUUGGACUCCCGUUUGGUGGCUGAGUUGGAAGAGUUUGUUCCCAACGUGAGGAAGAGAGCCGAGUCGGAGAUCAAGACCCUUCUGCGUCACGACCUGGAGCGCUUCCGAGUCUUCAAAGAGCAAGGUCGCUCGCCGUGCGGAAAGAACCCACGGGGCUCUUUCCAGAAGAUUCCCGGGUUCCUCACCAAUGUUGCACCUCAAGCCCGUCCUCUCCGUGCAGGCCUGCGCGUGCGUUGGGGCCGCUUCACGCACGAGGAGAAUGUGCGGAUCCGAGAAAACGUGGCGCGCUUCCUGGCAGUGACGGGCAUCGCCUCCGUCGACCAGCUUCUCUUCCCGCAUCGCUACGAGGAGCUGCGGGACGACAUCAAGAGGCUGAAAAAGCAACACGGCUUUUUGGAGGCCAUCGCUGAGGGAAUCCCCAGACCGUGUAAGCAGGUGGUGACCCGGGCCGUCAAGCAGGACCACAUGAACCACAUGGGAGAGUUCACCGAGGAGGAGCUGGAUCGUCUGGUCAAGUUGCACACGCUCCACGGCAACGACUGGAGCACCAUCGCCAGGAAGAUGGGACGCAGCAAAUUUGCCUUGCAGAAGCGCUUCGUCAGCAUCGCGACGGGGCGAGGCCUGUGGACGUCGGAGGAGGAGAGCAGGCUGGAGGAGGUGGUCAAGGCUCACCUGGAGGCGCUGGUUCAAGGAGCCGUCGGAGACGCCCGUUUGACGCUGCGUCAGCUUUGCGCCCGUUUGCCCUGGAUGGAGAUCAGCCAGCACGUGCGCACCCGAUGCUGGACCCAGUGUCGCGUCAAGUGGUUCUGUAUCCUGCAGACCCGGCUGUCGCAGAAGAACCCCAGGAAACCCCCGGAGGGACUGAGGACCAGGCUCCACCUGAUCAACACGCUGUACGCUUUGAACAUCGAGGACGCUUGCGACAUCGAUUGGGAUACGGUUUCCAGCAUCCUGGGCGGCGUGACUCCACUCUGCGUUCAGAAGCUUUUCCGAAGCCUAAAAGUCCGCAACGUUCCCGACUGGCCUCGGCUCUCCUACGGAGAGAUCAUCGACUUCCUGCAGGAGCACGUGACGCCGCGUCUGGAGAAGCGGCUACGCCGCUACGACAAAUGGCGGCAGGAGGACGAGGCGGAGCGCCCGGCGCCCCCCAACGACUCGUACUCUCUGUCGGACAUCUUCGUGGACGAAGAAGAUGGCCAUUUGUUGGAAGUGGAUAACACUCGGCCUAGCAGAGGCCGAUCCAAGUGCGGCAGGGAGUGGCCCGAAGCGCAGACCCCGCUUGAGGCCACGCUUGAGCCCACGGCGACGCCGCACCCCUGAUCGUCCCGAGCGGGUGGCUGACUCGGUUGCAUCUGCUGCUCGUCCCCUCCCAUUGCAAAAUGCUGACAUCAGAAUUGGCUCAGAGAGUGUGUGUUCCCGCGUCACCUCACCUGCCUUUCCGUGAGGCAGUCGCGCUCUCUCUGUGUUUUAUUGGCGGUUGGCCAUUGUUGCCGCUGGCGCCAUGCUCUCUGAAUACAGCUAUUUUUCAAAGCCAA